CAACUGUCGCUCGCACGACUCCAGGUCCAUCCUGGCUUUGGGAGAAUCUGUGUUCCCCAGGACGGCGUCCAAGCAAAUGACAAGCAGAUCCUCAACAAGAUCUACUCGUGGCAACCUGUCCAGCUUACGCCGGGUGACUCUGACCACCGCACUGCGAUACGGUUCACGUCCAUGCUGCUCCUCCUCAUGGUCACCUCUACACUCUUGUCCCUCGUCUCUCACAACUGUCCUUCGUAUCCUCAUGUACUUGCUUGAACCAUUCUCCUCGAAACCACCCAAGACACUGUCUCUCCGUUGACUGAACCGGGGAGCAGGUGCCCCUCCGGAUGAAUUGACCUCAGCCCUUUGCAACAGCAAACAUUCCUCCCGUCGCUCCCAGAUAACCUAAGCUCGUCCAUACCAAUCUUCGUCAUGGCCUCUAGCUUCAUCAAGCACUUGCUCGGACAAGUCGCCUUCUAUUCCUUUGCCCUGUUCAAUUGGUUCCUCUUUUUGGGAUUGUUCAUCAAGAAUGGGACAUUUUUCAGAAGAGAUUCAGAGCAAGACAAACUUCAAUACGCCAUUGAACGAGAUCGCUUCUGGAAUCUGACCAAAGAACCUCUGCCGGGCUUCAAGCACAACUUCUACACCUUACGCAAUGGCCUCAGGUUACACUACAUCAGCAACCAACUGGAAGCUACCCACGGUAGUCUCGUCGUCUUCUUACACGGUUUCCCAGACAGCUCCAUGAUGUGGAGGCAUUUGAUGCAAGAGCCCGCCAUAUCCAAGGAAGAUGCCACACUUGUCUGCGUGGACCUGCCUGGCUAUGGGGGAAGCGACAGUUUCAAGAGGUAUGACACAGAAAUAUUGGAGGCUCUUACGGAGUUCGUGGUCGCCAUGCGGGACAAAUACCUACCAGAGGACAGCGACCAGCCCAAGACCUUCAUUGUCGGUCAUGAUUGGGGUUGUGUCCUCGGUUUCCGUCUUGCUUCAGAGGCUCCUUGUUUGGCGGAUCGGUUCAUCCUCACCAACGCUCCCCAUGUUGAACUUUCAUUUGCCAACAAAGAUCGCAUCAUCGGAUCAGCUUCGAAGAUCUUCAGACAAUUCAAGCAGUCCCCAAAGCAGCAUUUUGCAUGUUUGUCAAAGACCAUCAAGACCCUACAGCCACUUCUCGUACAGACCAUGAUGAUGGGUUACAUUUUCAUGUUCAACCUACCCAGUGUCUUUGUCAAAGCGAUUGGUGUCGCUGGCAACUAUUCGUUCCUUCGAGGAGCUCACUGGUCCGGCUAUGGGAAGCGUUCGGACGAAUAUCGCGUCCAGGAGUGCAUGGCCUCAACCUUUGGACCCAGCUUGCAUGAGUGCAAGACCUCGUCGAUCUCGCACAGUGCCAAUGGCGACACCGGACAGACUUAUGGGUCCAGCGUGGCUCAACGUGCAGACUCUCCUGCCGCGGCUUUCUGGAACAUGACAGGCUAUUACCGCGACGGAGUAGCGUCGCUCCCGUGGACAAAGUCGCUUGAAACAAUUGCCGACUUGUAUGCAAUUGAAACCACGGCCUCCCAGUCCAGCAGCCCAAGCCGUCGUCGAUCUUCUGUGUCGAACUCCCUCUUCAUAGAUCACCUCAAAGGCCAAUUGAAUGCGCCAACUUAUGUUCUCUGGGGAGAGAGGGAUCUAGCCUGUGGGAGGCCGAUUUGCUUGGAUGGCUUGGGAGACUAUCUGGCCAAAGACAGUGAGAUCACAAUUCUGCCACGAAGUGGUCACUGGACACCGGUUGGUAAGGAAUCUCGAGCAGUUCUCGCCACGGUUAUUGGCUUGUAUGCCCGAAAAGAUGCCAGACCCGUGUCCAAGAUGACUACUGAGGUGCAGAAAGUCUAUCCGGAUGCAUUUUUGAUGGCAAAGAAGUAAGGACCUCACACCUCACGCUGGUAUGAUUAUGGCCAAGGCGGACCUUGUGGCCGAUAGAGCCUAUUGGUGAUUUACGUUGAGAA